CUGCGGCAGGUUUGAGAACACCAACGGAGCAUAUUCCCUGGCGGGCAGCUUGGCGAGCGUGGGUCCUGGCAUCAUGAGCGAGUGCCCCUUUGCGGGGAACAAUUAUCUAUUUAAUUUUAACAAGCUAUCUUUGGAAGACGAAAAAGAUGAUAAAUCACAAGAAGGGAUAAAUAAAGCCAGCAAAGGUGGACUUGUCUAUGGAGACUACCUACAACUGAACAAAAUAUUGAAUGCUCAGGAACUUCAGAGUGAGAAGAGAGGAAACAAAAUCCAUGACGAGCACCUUUUCAUUGUGACACAUCAAGCUUAUGAACUUUGGUUUAAGCAGAUUCUGUGGGAACUGGACUCUGUGCGGGGGAUCUUUCAGAAUGGCCACGUAAGAGAUGAGAGGAACAUGCUGAAGGUUAUUACUCGAAUGAACAGAAUUUCAAUGAUUCUGAAAUUACUUGUGGAACAAUUCUCAGUUUUGGAAACAAUGACUGCAUUGGAUUUCUUUGAUUUCAGAUACUACCUAAGCCCAGCUUCGGGUUUUCAGAGCCUGCAGUUUCGCAUGCUGGAGAACAAAAUUGGUGUUCCCCAAAGUCUGAGAGUGCCCUAUAACAGAAGGCAUUAUCGUGAUAACUUCAAGGGACAGGAUUAUGAACUACUACUGAAAUCAGAGCAAGAACCAACGCUAUUGCAACUUGUGGAGGCAUGGCUGGAAAGAACUCCAGGACUCGAUGCAGAAGGAUUUGAUUUCUGGGGACAAUUUGAAGUGAAUGUUUUAAAAGGUCUAGAGGAGGAAUUUGCCUUGGUGCAGGCCAAACCAGAAUCAGAAGAAAAAGAUGAUGACUUAUCUGAACUCCAAAAGCAGAAAGAUGUAUUACUUUCGUUAUUUGAUGAAAAACGCCAUGAACACCUUCUUAGUAAAGGAGAAAGACGACUGUCUUACAAAGCACUGAAGGGUGCCUUAAUGAUCUACUUCUACAGGGAGGAGCCUCGUUUCCAGGUUCCCUUUCAGCUUCUUACCUCCCUUAUGGAUAUAGAUGUUCUCAUGACCAAAUGGAGAUAUAACCAUGUCUGCAUGGUGCACAGAAUGAUUGGCAGCAAGGCUGGCACCGGAGGCUCGUCAGGCUACCACUAUUUGCGCUCAACGGUGAGUGACAGAUACAAAGUGUUUGUGGAUUUGUUCAAUCUUUCAACUUUUCUAGUUCCAAGACACUGGAUACCAAAGAUGAACCCAACCAUUCAUAAAUUCCUUUACACAGCAGAAUACUGCGACAGCUCCUAUUUUAGCAGCGACGACUCUGACUAGCCUGCCUUUUGAGGCUGGUUGCUUCAGGACUUUCACCUCAAGUGGUGCCAUCCCUCAAAUACAACAGCUAUUCUCACUGAGUGUGGGUGUGUAAAUACGUAUUUAUGUAUGAAAGCUAUGUGAAUAGUAUGAUCUGCUUGUGGAAGAAACUUAAUUGUUUGUAGAAAAAAUAAUCUGUAUUGAGUUAGCCUAUAUUAAAACUAAAAUUAUACCCCAAUUCAAGUCUUAGUUGGCUUCGUAAAACCUACAGAGAGAGAGGGAGCAAAUUACACAGAACUACCACAAUCAUGUCUUAUUUGUACAUAUUUAUCUAUUUGUUUGUUUGCCUAAUGGUUAUUAUUAAUUUCCCUCUAGUUGAGCAUGUAAUUAGCCUCAUCACCUGUAGAAGACUAUUAGUUUCUGAGCUCUAGUGGCAUUUCAAAAGGAAUUCUGGGUUAAGAGUUUCAAAAGUGAGAUUUAAAAAAUUAAGUCUUGAUUUUAUAAAAACCCAAGCAUCUUGAACUUCUACACCCAUCAAGAACUAUGUUAUUGUCUAUGUGUUACAUAUGAUAACAUGUAAUAUAUUUCCUCCCUUCCAUAGAAAUAUAUCUGCUGUUCUUAACAUUAAGUAAGUACUCACUUUGCACUUCAAAUAAAGCAGUAUUAAAGUUCA